CCCCGAGCACGAUGCAGCGCAGGAAUGUGAAAGGCUCCCGCCCGCCGCCAUUUUCUUUCUUUCUUGGCAGGCAGCGAGCGGGGCAGGAAGCGGUGGCGGAGCGAGUAUGGCGGACUAUUCCACGGUGCCCCCUCCUGCUUCGGGUGCACCCGGGGGAGGCGGCGGUGGAGGUGGAGGAGUGAACGAUGCCUUUAAAGACGCGCUGCAGAGAGCUAGGCAGAUUGCAGCAAAAAUUGGGGGAGAUGCUGGUACAUCCAUGAAUUCCAAUGACUACGGUUAUGGAGGACAAAAAAGACCUCUCGAGGAUGGAGAUGGCUCUUGGACAAGUCCGAGCAGUACAACACACUGGGAGGGAAUGCCCUCUCCUUUUAAAGAUCAACCAGAUGCUAAGAAAGUUGCUCCUCAGAAUGACUCUUUUGGAAAUCAGCUACCACCAAUGCAUCAACAGCAAAGGUCUGUGAUGACAGAGGAGUACAAAGUUCCAGAUGGAAUGGUUGGAUUCAUCAUUGGCAGAGGUGGAGAGCAGAUUUCACGCAUACAGCAAGAGUCAGGAUGUAAAAUACAGAUUGCACCUGAUAGUGGGGGCCUGCCUGAAAGAUCAUGCAUGCUAACUGGAACCCCAGAAUCUGUUCAAUCAGCAAAAAGAUUACUUGAUCAAAUAGUUGAAAAGGGAAGACCUGCACCUGGCUUUCAUCAUGGUGAUGGACCUGGAAACGCAGUCCAAGAAAUUAUGAUUCCAGCAAGUAAAGCAGGAUUAGUUAUUGGUAAAGGUGGAGAGACAAUUAAGCAAUUACAGGAGCGAGCAGGUGUCAAAAUGGUCAUGAUUCAAGAUGGUCCACAGAACACUGGUGCUGACAAGCCCCUUAGAAUAACUGGAGACCCUUAUAAAGUUCAACAAGCCAAGGAAAUGGUGCUGGAGUUAAUUCGUGAUCAAGGUGGCUUUAGAGAGGUGCGCAACGAAUAUGGGUCACGAAUAGGAGGAAAUGAAGGGAUAGACGUUCCAAUACCACGGUUUGCUGUAGGUAUUGUAAUUGGAAGAAAUGGAGAGAUGAUAAAAAAGAUACAGAAUGAUGCUGGUGUUAGGAUCCAAUUUAAGCCAGAUGAUGGAACAACUCCUGAUAGAAUAGCCCAAAUCACAGGGCCUCCUGACAGAUGUCAACAUGCUGCAGAAAUUAUUACAGAUCUCCUUCGGAGUGUUCAGGCUGGUAACCCUGGUGGACCAGGAGGACCCGGUGGUAGAGGAAGGGGUAGAGGUCAAGGCAACUGGAACAUGGGGCCUCCUGGUGGAUUACAGGAAUUCAAUUUUAUUGUUCCCACUGGCAAAACUGGAUUAAUCAUUGGCAAAGGUGGUGAAACUAUUAAAAGCAUAAGCCAACAGUCUGGUGCUAGAAUAGAACUUCAAAGAAAUCCUCCUCCUAAUGCAGAUCCAAACAUGAAGAUGUUUACUAUCCGUGGAACACCCCAGCAAAUAGAUUAUGCACGGCAACUUAUAGAAGAAAAGAUUGGGGGUCCGGUAAAUCCAUUGGGUCCACCUGUUCCACAUGGACCCCAUGGUGUUGUUCCUGGCCCACAUGGACCCCCUGGGCCACCAGGCCCUGGUGCUCCCAUGGGACCAUAUAACCCAGCUCCUUAUAAUCCAGGGCCUCCUGGCCCAGCACCUCAUGGUCCUCCAGCUCCGUAUGCUCCACAAGGAUGGGGAAAUGCUUAUCCGCACUGGCAGCCACCAAAUCCACCAGAUCCAGGUAAGCCAGGAACAGAUCCUAAUUCAGCAGCAUGGGCAGCUUACUAUGCUCACUAUUAUCAGCAGCAAGCACAGCCACCACCUGCAGCCCCUCCUGGUGGACCAGCUACAACCCAAACCAACGGACAAGGAGAUCAGCCAAACCCAGCACCAGCAGGGCAGGUUGACUAUACAAAGGCAUGGGAGGAAUACUACAAAAAAAUGGGUCAAGCAGUUCCUGCACCUGCUGGAGCUCCGCCAGGUGGUCAGCCGGAUUACAGCGCAGCAUGGGCUGAGUACUACAGGCAGCAGGCAGCAUAUUAUGCCCAGACGAGUCCCCAGGGAAUGCCACAACAUCCUCCAGCACCACAGGUAUAAACUUGCUUCAGUGUGUUUUUUCUGGCUGGCUUCUGUUUCAGUGGUUAUAGAUGUUUUUUUGCAUGUCUCCUGCUUUGUUACCUUUGGAGUAUGCAUUUUUUUUUUUCUUAGCACAGUAACUAUUAUCAGAAUAAGUAAUAGAUGAUGUUGUUUACGUGAUAACUUGAUUUCUGUAUAUAUCUGUG